AUGGGGCGGACGAUUCAAUUGGAAAAGGCAGAGCCUCAGCGAAAACAGCCGCAGCGCACACGAAACGGUUGUAUAGUGAAGAGUCUACCUCGAGAAAUGUCUCGGGCCAAACAGAACAAAUCGCACUGGGAUAAGGUUAAGAAAGUGUUUAUUUGGACAGUUGAGCUGAUCAUUGAUGGCGAAACAAAGGUUGUACAGGUUCCGGACAGUGUAUAUAUCAAAGAGUUGGGGAGUGAUCUGUGUCUGCAAACCCAGGACGCAUACAAACGUCUUGAUGGAGACCAAACACUUGCAGAGUCGAUAAAAGGAGAAGCGGUGCUUGAGUUUCCGACUUUUGUACAAAGAGCUCCCGACUCGUCUGAGUCCGAGUCUGAGUCUGAGUCUGAGUCUGAGUCUGAGUCUGAGUCUGAGUCUGAAUCUGAGUCUGAGCCCGAGCCCGAGCCAGACGCAAAACCAGAAUCGGAGUCCGAUGGGCCCCCAGAGGAAACUAAAUUCAGCUCUUCCGUGGCGCCUGCUUGA